AUGGGGGUGCUGCAGGAGGUGGUCAUAGGCUGUUCAGGAGGAAUGGGCUGGGAAGGUGAGGAGCAGGAACUGCACUCUAUGCAAAGAGGUGGCAGCAGUGCAUGGGCAGUUGCCUUUGGACAGAGCAAGCUGGACCAGAGUGUGAAGGUGAUCAAUGAGCUGACAAGGAGGGGGGAUACUCUGCUGGAACUAUUGCUCACAAAGAAGGAAGAACUGGCCAAAGGUAUAAAGGUUGAGCCUCAGACCAUUCAGCAAACUCUUCAAAGGACACUGCAGUACUUUGAGCAUCAAGUUAUUGGUUACAGGGAUGCAGAGAAGAACUUUCACAAUAUAUCAAACAGAUGCUCCUAUACAGACUGCUCUGGCAAUGAAGAAACUGAAGAUGUCUCAGGAAUUCUCCAGUGUACGGCUAAUGUACUUGGUUUGAAGUUUGAGGAAAUGCAAGAAAAGUUUGGGGAGGAAUUCUUCAAUAUCUGCUUUGAUGAGAAUGAAAGAGUUCUUCGAGCUGUAGGUGGGACCCUUCAAGACUUCUUCAAUGGCUUUGAUGCUUUGCUGGAGCACAUUAGAACUUCAUUUGGAAGACAGGCCACCCUGGAAUCUCCUUCUUUCCUAUGCAAAGAGCUCCCUGAAGGCAAUCUCAUGCUUCAUUACUUUCAUCCACAUCAGAUUGUGGGAUUUGCAAUGAUGGGAAUGAUAAAGGCAGCAGCCAAGAAGAUUUACCGCUUGGAAGUGGAAGUAGAACAGGUCACUAAUGAUAAGUUGUGUACAGAGGGGACAAACCCAGGUAACUGCAGCUGUCUGACUUUCCUUAUCAAAGAACAUGAAAAUGCAAAUAUCACAAAAGCACUUCCACCGGGAACUUCCCAGUCCCCCUUAGACCUGAGGAUUAGCAUCAGCACCUUCUGCAGAGCUUUCCCCUUUCACCUGAUGUUUGAUCCAAACAUGCUGAUUCUCCAGCUUGGAGAAGGUCUUAGGAAGCAGCUGAGAUGUGACACUCAUAAAACUCUGAAAUUCCAAGACUGCUUUGACAUAGUUUCUCCUAAAAUCAGUGCCACGUUUGAACGAGUUCUCCUGAGAUUAUCUACUCCCUUUGUCAUUCGGACCAAACGUGAGGAUUCUGGCUCUGAAAAUAAAGAUAAGGUGAUGGAAAUUAAAGGACAAAUGAUUCAUGUGCCAGAAUCAAAUUCAAUUUUGUUUCUGGGUUCCCCCUGUGUGGACAAGCUCGAUGAACUGAUGGGCCGAGGCCUCCAUCUUUCGGACAUACCUAUCCAUGAUGCUACUCGUGAUGUCAUACUGGUUGGGGAGCAAGCAAAGGCCCAGGAUGGCUUGAAAAAACGAAUGGAUAAGCUGAAGGCAACGCUAGAAUGCACACACCAAGCCCUGGAAGAGGAGAAAAAGAAAACAGUAGAUCUCCUUAUUUCUAUUUUCCCUGAAGAAGUGGCUCAGCAGUUGUGGCAGGGGCAGCAGGUUCAGGCCAGGAAGUUUGAUGAUGUCACCAUGCUCUUCUCGGACAUUGUUGGCUUCACUGCCAUCUGUGCGCAGUGCACACCCAUGCAGGUCAUCAGCAUGCUGAACGAACUCUACACACGGUUUGACCAUCAGUGUGGAUUUCUGGACAUCUACAAGGUGGAAACAAUAGGUGAUGCAUACUGCGUUGCAGCAGGGCUCCAUAAGAAAAGCCUUAGUCAUGCUAAAGCCAUUGCCCUGAUGGCACUGAAGAUGAUGGAGCUCUCAGAAGAGGUUCUUACUCCAGAUGGGAGCCCUAUUAAGAUGAGGAUAGGCAUUCACUCAGGAUCAGUGCUGGCCGGCGUCGUUGGUGUAAGAAUGCCACGUUAUUGCCUCUUUGGAAACAAUGUCACCCUUGCAAGCAAGUUCGAGUCAGGAAGUCACCCACGCCGCAUCAAUGUCAGUCCAACCACAUACCAGCUUUUGAAAAAGGAAGAAAAUUUUAUUUUUAUCCCUCGUUCCCGUGAAGAGCUUCCAGAAAACUUUCCAAAGGAAAUUCCUGGGAUCUGUUACUUCCUCGAGGUCAAAAGUGGUCAGAAGCCGCCAAAACCCUCCAUCACAUCUGCCAGAGUGAGAAAGGUUUCUUACAACAUUGGCACCAUGUUCCUCCGGGAGACUAGCCUAUGAGGCCUGCUGCAGAUCAAAGACUCGUCAAAAAAGCACAAGCCCAGAACUGGGUCAUGACAGGGGAGUUGGAGGUUCUUUCUGUUUCACUGCCUUGUUCUGAACAAGCAGUAAAAGCUCCAUGUAAUAUCAGGCAAUAAUCAUUUUAGAAGGUGGGUGACUGCUGUCAGUAAACAAAGUGGAGAUAGGGAAAAAAAAAUUAAACAACGUACUUCCACUUCCAGAGGAAUUUCUUUCAUAAACUUCAGUCUGGCCCCUCUCUGACAAACAAAAAGAAACAAAACAAAACCAACCAAACAAAAAAACCCAACUCUCAAAUUAGAGGUUGGUUUUGUUUUGUGCAGAAAGGAUGAUGGUUCUCUGUAGAUUUGCACCAGCUAAGCAGAAUUGAGAGUCAGUUCUGAUUAUGCAUUCCUACAUUUAAUGUGUUCUUCAGUAAGGUAAUGAUGUUUUUUAACUUUAUGAACAAACAUUUCAUACAUAUACUGUACACCUGUUGUAACCUUCCUGGCAGGAGGAAUUAUAAUUCAAUACAAAUAUUGUAGGAAUUUUACCUAUUUUUAUACAUAUUUCACUUUCUGGAUAAUUACAUUCCACAUACUGUAAACUGAGUGAGCUCAGAUAGCUUUUCAGAAGAAGCUACUGUAUAUUUCAUACAUUCUACCUAUCAAACCUUAUUGUUAUACAAGUGGGAAGAAGUCAUUUUUUGACUUUUUUGG